AACCAGCGGCCAUGUUUUUGAGAGCGGUGUUUGUGUGUGUUUAUUUUUGGACGGGUGUGUGUGUGUGAGAGUGUUUGUGAUAUUGACGCCCCCUCUUCUCUCUCGCGCGCGAGCCCUCGGAUUACCUUCUUAUUAGUGUUUUAAUCAACCAGGGACUAUGGAAAGGGGGGCCAAUUCCCGAAAUCUUGCCGGGAUCUGCGUAUGGACAGGGAGUGGACAUAUCGUCCUCCCUUGUUAGUGGGAGAGCGAGUUGUGUGGCUCGGUGGAUCUGCAGGAUUAGGAGAAAUAGAACCUUGUGAUUAUGGACCUCACCAUGGUUUUGUCCGUUGGAUUGGCCGAGUGCCUGAUAUGGGCGCUAGCUGGACAGUGGGUGUAGAUUUUGAAUCUGAAAUGACUGGUGGCUGUGAUGGUGCUUGGAAAGGUAGACAUAUAUUCACUUGCCAGCCAGGUCAAGGUCUGUUCUUACCCGUAUUGUCUUUAAUUAAAGAUGAGGAUUUCUAUGGCAGAAAGCAGACUACAUCUUCAACAACAGUGAGUCAAACUGAGACAGCUGUCUCAUCAGCGUCGUCUUCUCCGCGAAGUAUGGACAACAAGCCAAAACCUAGUUUAGAUAUAAGCCUAGCUCCUGAACCACCACCGCCCAAAGUAAGGUCCCCCUCAGCUCCGUCAUACGAAAUCCAUACAAGAAAUUAUCUGAAGCGAACUGGGCCCGAGAUGGAUCCGUCCGUAUGUACUGCACUUGGUGUGGAUGGGGUACUGGACAAGAAACAGCCUAAGUUUACCCACCAGGCCAAGGAUAAGGGCUCUAGCUUCUUUUCCACCACUGUCACUUCAUCCGUUUCUUCCUCACCAGCCACCACUACAUCUACAACCAUAUAUUCUUCUUCUGUGUGCUCAUCUACCACCUAUACAAGUAAGGAGAUGGUAGCCGGAAAAUUAACUCAUAAAGGGGCUCAGGACACUUCUCAGAUUUCCAGGAGUGUAGAACCAGAAAGUGCUGUGAGAAGGGAGAACUCUCAGGCAUCAAGUGUUGGAAAGAGUACAGCUUAUUGUGAAUAUGAGGAUUGGUCCGAAACUGGGGAGUACUCUAGUGAGACUAUGAUUAGAAAGUCAAGCUUAUCGUCUAAUUCAAGUGUGAGACAGUUGUCCUACAGAGCAGGCCAAAACAGACAGUCGAGUGUAUCCACUCCAUCCAGCCCGAACCUUAGUGAUUACCAAAGAAAUUAUGGAGUAAAGUCUAGUGUAGGUAUGCAUAGUUCAAUGCUGGACAUUGAAAAGAAAUCUGCUUCUUUAGGAGGAGGUAAUGUGAGGAACAAACCAACUCUCCAGAGAGAGAAAAGUGGUGGAUUUCUUAAUAUAUUUCGUUGGUUUAGGAAUAAAGACAGAAAAAAAAGAUCGUCCUCCAUUGAUCGAGUGAGCACCAACAGUGGAGGAAGUGUGUGUAGUCUUACCAGUGCAACAAGUAGUUUUGCAUAUGUACCAAUUAUGAGAAGUAAAAGUGCAGAUAACAAUAAGAUGUCUAAGAGAGGAUUAGAAUAUGGUAUUUCCAGCAAAUUACUAACCCAAGAAUUAUCAUCAGAGAAAAUGAAAAAGAAUUGUAGAGAUGAGGAGCUAAGUAAGAGGCUUUCUACCAUCAGUGCAUCUUCUGAUUCUUCUUCAAAGGGAGGAUCUCGUAGCACUACUGUUAGUCGUAAGAAGAGGCCAGCACCACAACCCCCAGGAUCUCCAAAAAAUAGUGAGUCUGGAUCUCUGAAGUCUCACAAGAGUUGUACAAGCCUCCCAUCUAGGGAUGGUAAGCGCACUGCUGUGACUGAUGAGGUCUCAACAAGUAUGAAUAUUCAAGGUCCAGAUGGGAGGAAGCUUCAGAAAUCAAAGAGUGAAGGUCUGAUUUACACCAAAACAAAGCGAAGAGCUCCUUUACCUCCAGCCCAUUUGGUUGCAGAAAGAAUGAGAGCUCUAAAUUCCAAUGAGGGAAAUCAGAGGGAGGUUCAAGAAAUGGCCAAAAAGCGCCAGGCCCCUGCUGUUCCCACCAAAAGGGGAAAUCGCCCAAUUAGCAACAUAUCUAGCGUAAGUUCCCUUUCUCAGUCUCCAUCUUCAGCCUCCACUACCUUGAGGUCUCAUAGCAGCAGUGUGGCUUCUAGUGAGACUACAAUUAGUCCUUAUUCAACUGAAUCCUUUAGGCUAGAGAGUGGUUACCUUACCCAAGAAUUAAAAUCCUCUUCAAGUCCAAGCAUUCCAGAAGCAACAAAAAUGAAUCUCUCUCCUCGUCCAUGGUAUAAAAGAAAAAAGAAGCAGAAUAAGGAAAAUACCAAAGACUUGAAAGAUGUUACAAAAAAGGAAAGAAUCUAUGAGAGCUGGAUGCCUGACAUCCAGUUCUCCCGUAGCAAGAUAAGCUUAAGUGGAAGUUUUAAACUUGGGAAAAGCUCAGAUGAAGAUAGUACGCUGAGAAAAACGAAAGAAGACGAGAAGAAAGAAAAGAGGAAGUCUCAAGUUUCUCUUCUAGCAAGUAUUAGUGAGUUGGAUCGAGCUGCUUCUGAACAAAUGCAAAGAGAGCUGGAAGAGAAAAGAGCAAAAAAAGAGUUGUAUGACAGCAAAUUCUAUAAAAGUAGUGAACCUCACAUUCUAACUCAAACGGAUUUUUUACCAGGAACAAGCGAGCUCUCAGAUAUAAGUACUCUUAGUUCAGUUGGUACUAGUACAACUUUGAAAUCUUCCAAAGUGGAAAGUGAUGAGGAGCUAUCAAAUAAUGACAAUGGGAUAUAUGACAAUGUAAGAAAUGGUGAAGAAGAAAACCUGACAGUACAAAGUUAUACAGAGCAAGCAACUCUGAAGAUAGAGGAAAGAAGUAAAUCUUUAAACAAUGAAAAUACUUCUGUACGUGGCACUCAAUCUACUGGGUCCGUCCCACAAACUCAACCUAUAAGAAGUGACUCGGGUGACACAGAUUCAUCUCCGACCCCACCUGUGCGUCCAGCUAGGGAGUCUCCACUACAGAGGGCAUCUUUUGAUGCAGAAUUAUUUUACAAACUUGCCAAAGAUACCCAAAAUGCAUCAGGUUCUAAGUUAAAGACAUCACCUGUUGUAGCCAAAGACCAAAAAAGACAACAGAGUGAUGAUGAUGAUGACCAACCUCAUGAAUCUCUGUUGAGUCAAUUCCGAAGGCAGAGCAAAAACUUUGGUCUUCGGAUGAACAACUUUUUCUCUCCAGAUGUUUCUACCAUACUAGAAGCGUCGGAAUCCAUGACGUCAUCUGCUACAACUCCUGCAGAUGACAUUUAUGAUGACCUCCCUGUACCUUCUUCGGUGGGGGAGUGCGGCAGAAGGGACUCUGUACAAGAUGAAUUACAUAGUGAAAUGAACUAUGAUCUCCGUCUUAACACAUCUGAAGCAAGACAAAUUAUGAAGGAAUUAGCAGAUGUAAGACAGGAAAUUGCUUGGAUAAAUCAGCAGGAAGAAGAAGAAGCAGCCAAGAAGAAGGAUAAGAAGAAGGGUGACAAGAUAAGGGAAGAAGUCCUGUUACUCCGGGAAAGAGAUAAUUUUGCUCAGUGGCAAAAUGUCAUGAAAACUACAACAACAGAGCAACCUGAAGAAAGCUCACCUCUUCCAGUUGACGCAGAAUACAAUGAGCGCAAGUUGAAGUGGGUUUGUGAAGUGUGCACUUUAAUAAAUCUACCAUGGAGGCUGCAGUGUGAGGCUUGUAUGGUGCGGAGACCAAUGAAUCCAAGAAGAAUUGAGGAGGAUAACAAAUCUGGAACAAUGGAGCUUACCAGUUCGCAACCGAGCGUCUCUGGUGAAAGCCCCGUGACUGUAAUUCAUGAGGAAGAGAGUCCUGAUGAUAACAGGGAAACUGAAGAGGCAGAUGUUGCACCAGUGGAAACUGAAUCCCAGGGGGCAGAGUCAAGGCCAGCAGAUAAUAAGAAGAAGCGAGAUAUUAACUGGGAAAAGGAGCUUAGAAAAUAUUUCAUGACAUUUGAUGAGCAUGUGAGAGGAGGAGGUGAAGCAGAGGAAAGUUCACGGACAAAAUCAUCAGGCAGUAAAGGUGGUACUGAAGGUGACACUCCAUAUGGAAAGAUUACAAAAAGCUCAAAGACAGCAAAGCCUUCACUUGUAAAUGAUGUCAGUGCUACAGGUGCAAAACCAAAGAUCAAUAAAGCUUUUGUUAACAAUGGAGAAGUCCAACACACUUCUGCACCAAGAGACAUUGCAAAUCACAAAGAUUUUGAAAAAGAACCAAAUAUAGAGGCACUGAGAAAAGCCAGAACAGCAAGAUUUAUGAACGGUGUCAAUAGCUCUGAGAGUAUAAACCUGGAGGGCACUGACAGUGAAACAGCAGCUGAUGAGAAAAAGUCUCUAAAAAAGAAAAAAGGUGUUUCGAAGAACAAAAAAAGUAAGUCUUUAGACAAGGAAUUUUACAAUGGACCUGAAGAUGAAACUGCAAACCAGUCAGGUACAAUUAAUAAUUCAGAACAGCUGAAUGGUACUUCAGAAAAUGACUUAGGCAUUGGUAUAGCCAAUGGAACCGAAAGUUCAGAGGACAGAACAUUUUACAACAAGAAUUACCGUAAACCGUUGGUAAUGAAACCAAGCGGUGUUGUUCAUAAUGUCAUCAGCAUCUUCAAUCAACUAGAACAAUUACAGCAAGUCCAAGAAAAACCAAAAGUGACAAGGAGGCGCUCAUUCAGUAACGUGAUAGGAAGAACUAGAGCGUUUGAGCAGAUGAAUUCAGCUAACAAUAGCCCUGAAUUACCAAGGAGUCAGAAGAGUUUUAAGGAGAGUCCGAGUUUUCCUAGAAAGAAUGAUUUGAUGAGAGAUAAGGACAUUGUUGCGGCCAUUGCAAAGUUUGAUGAGAUGGCUGCUAUGGCUGAGGUGGAGAAAAUUGAGAAGCAGAGAGUCAAGAAUGAGAUGUCCAGAAGGAAACCAAAGUUCUCCUAUUUAUUCUCUAAAAAGACAGAUGUCAAAUCGAAUGAAAAUGGCAUAACAGACGUUUCCAGAACUGGUAUGCAAUCCUUGCAUGGUCAGCAGAAUGGCAGCCAUUCCAGUACAUCCUCAGAUGCCAUCGUGAGAAACGGAGUGUUACGCACCGAAAAUAGGAAUCGGUCAAUGUCAAUAGGAUCUGGUACUUUUGAACUUAUUCAGGCCAAAGACUUUGAAAGUAUUGAGGCUCAGCACAGUGAAUGCUCGUCUCCUGCAGAUGCAAAGAGUACAACAUUAGUCCCUGUUUCACUUCCCACAAAUCCUCAACCCUCUGCGGUUGUACCCCAGAUUGUCAUAGAGACAGCCCAGGACCAAACUGCUCCUCUCCCUGUAAAUAAUGAUAACCUAUCUUCCACAGCUAGCACAGGAAUUGAAAAGAAAGAACAAAGCCAAGAUGAAAAACAUGAGGUUGAAAGAUUAAGUCAGCAGCUCACUGUUGCUGAUGGCAUUGCUAAUUUCAAAGCAACUUUGAAAGUUGAAGAAUCAAACCUAGGACAGAUGAACACCCUAAACAUUAAUCGCCUUCUCCGGAGACUAGAGGCAGCCAUUUCUUGUGGGAAGCAUGCUGAGGCUGCAAAACUUGCUCAUGAACUGGCUGAGCUACGUGUGUCCUGCUCUGUUACUCGCACUCCCAAAGACAAGACUAGUUCUGACACUGGGACCCAACCAUCUGCCAUUUCUUCAUCACCUCCAGAUGUUAAAAGUAGUUAUUUAAAUCCCCAAAACAAUGAAGCAGAGCUCCCGAGAUCUCACACCCCCCAUAGUAAUGUGUCUGAAUGUUUCUAUGAUGCUUGUGAAAUGUUGGAAAAUGAGGAAUAUGAUGAGCAUUAUAAUGAUAUGUCUGUGACUGACACUGAUGAUAAUACCCAGACUGUAAGUUUGCUUUCACACAAUGCUGUCGUAUUAAAAGAUCAAAUUCAAACGUCAACCUCAGCUCAGUCCGUUAGUGGUAAGGAAGAUGGCACGCACAACGUGCAGGAAGGUAACCCAACAGCAAAUACCCAGAAAGCAGAUUCCAAGGAGAGCUCUUGCUCUAGCAUAAGAGAAAACCGAGUCGAUCCGGCAAGACGAGAGGUAAAGUCUGACACCAUCAGUAAAUUCCCUGAUGGUCCAAGCGAUGUCAAAAACGUUAUUGAAGAUAAGGAGUUAAUAUUCAAUGUCAAGAUGUAUGUUGAAGACAAGAACAGCCAUCAAGGGCCAUUCGCCUUCUCUGUGAUGGCGUCCAUGACUGUUGGUGAAUUACGAGAUAAGGUGUACCAGGAUUUUGGGUUUCCUCCUCAGUUUCAACGGUGGAUCCUAGGACGUCGACUGGCGGACGAUGAUAGUCUCACCCUAGGUCACCACAAAGUAACGGCCGAAGGAUGCCCAAUUUUCCUCUAUCUAGUAGCACCAGCACCCGAACCUUCCCGUAGCAAAAUUUCCCUUAAUGAGGAGAACUAUGCCAAAUACUCUCUUAAUCAGAGUAAUUCAAGGUCUUCCAUUAACAGUUCUGGUCCAAAUUAUGAACGCGUAUACAGUGCUGAAGGUGUGAAGCCGAAAUUUUAUAAUCCAGAUACUCAGAGGUAUGAGCUUAGUGUAGAUACGGAUUACAGUGAUUUAAAUGAUGAUGAAGAGGAUGAAGAUGAUGAAGAUGGUAACAGUACUGAUAAUGAAGAUGAACUGCAAGAAAAUAAUGUAGAAAUGUACCAGAAUGUAGCUAAUGUUUACAAUGGACAUGAGGGUCAACAGAGUGUAAAUAAUAGACAACUACUUUCAGAGAAUCUGCAAAAUGAAGAAGAGCUUCCUACUGCCUUUUCAGAUGCCAGUGGGACUGACGUUGCCUCCAUGAAUUCCUAUGUGGGAAAUAUAAGUAACAAAGAUGGCACGCCUUCUGAACCCCAAGAGGGAACCUCAGGGAAUCCAACAUAUACAAAUGUAGAUGGAUUACCUCCCCAUCAAAAUGAACCAAUUUAUCAGGCAAACGUUUAUCAAGAACAGGUAAAGGCUUAUGAGCCAAAUCAAGAGACUCAGAAUGAUUCGUCGGGUAAAAAAUCAUAUUACAAACAUGCUUUGACACCAGAACUUCUAAAACAGAAGAGAGUAAUUAGGGAGUUGCAGCAUCAGCAACAUUAUGUACAGGUACCACUUGUAAGGCAAAUUGAUCCUGAAUCUCAUUCCAUGCAGUCUGUGUCACAUCAAGAGCUGCAAAACAUUCCCCCUACAACAUCCAAUUUGCUGAAAGCUGAAGAGUCUUAUUAUAACUUAAUGCAGCAAGUAACUCCCAUAAAUCCUCCAGUGUCUGUUGAAUCAGUUAAGCCUCUGCAACAAGUAGUUCCAAAAGACCCACAAAGUCAGUCUCAGGAAAAAGCUGCUCAAGUUCCCACUCCAAGCCGUUCUUCCUCCCUUAAUUUCCAGCAGAAGAUAGGGCAGAUGAACCAAGCCCAGCAUUCUGCUAAUAAUAGCCAAGCAAAGUCUUUAAAAAACCAACAGACUUCUCAGCUGCUGCCAUUGUCUCCAAACCCACCUAAAAAUCCCUCUGGAGGUAAUAAUUCUACCUUGUAUCCUGUACUUCCUAACCAGCAGUCUUCACAGAAUAUGCAGCUUCCUAAAUCUGUUCCUCUGUACAGCCAGGUUCAAAAAAAAUCUAACCAAGUCAGUAACAAAGAAGAAGUCUUGCAGCAAACAGAGUUGACUACAAAGAAAAAGAUGGAACAGGAUUCACAAUAUGCAUCAGCAUCUCAACAACACAAUAAAGGAAGUAGUUCCUCUGGGCCUCAAGCUGUAGAUGGAGUUUCAUUGAAGAAGGACCAGGUGUCUGUCAUGACUCCGUCAACUCCAGUACAUGGAUGGGUUUGUCCAAGUUGUACUCUUGUUAACAAAUGGGAACGACCAGGCUGUGAAGUUUGUGCCACUGAGAGACCUAGUGCAGCACACAGUGGAACAGCUAGCGGUAGCGCAAAUAAGCUGUCUGGCAUAGGUGCCGCAAUGUCUGUUCUUGAACUUCAAGGUUGUGUUCCUAAUCAAGAGCCCUUUGAAUGUCUCGUGUGUUUUUUGGAUAUUGGAAUUGGUGAAGGAGCAGUCUUACGGGAUUGUCUUCAUACAUUUUGCAGGGAUUGCUUAGCUAAUGCCAUCAGGUUUUCUGAUACUGCUGAAGUGAAGUGCCCUUAUCGGGACAACCAGUACUCAUGUGAUUUCUCUCUGCAGGACAGAGAGAUCAAAGCUCUUUUGACCCCGCAAGAAUAUGAGAAACACUUGAACAAGUCCGUCAAGCAAGCAGAAGGCUCAAUGCAUAAUGUUUUCCAUUGCAAGACCCCAGACUGUUUAGGGUUUUGUCAGUUCGAAGAUAAUGUCAACGUGUUCCUGUGUGAUGUUUGCAAACAUACUAACUGCCUCACUUGUCAGGCACAGCAUGAAGGUAAGACAUGUCAGGCGUAUCAAGAUGAGCUGGCUGGGAAGGUCGAUGAGGCUGCCAUGAAAACAAAGAAGUUUUUCGAUGACAUGAUUCGAAGGGGAGAUGGUUUACCAUGUCCCAAAUGCUCAGUGAUGCUCGUUAGGAAGUGGGGGUGUGACUGGAUGCGUUGUCCUAUGUGUCGCACGGAGAUUUGUUGGGUUACGAAAGGGCCAAGAUGGGGACCUGGGGGUCCAGGAGACAACUCGGGAGGGUGUAAAUGUGGUGUCCGAGGACAGAAAUGCCAUCCUAAAUGUACUUACUGUCACUGACAAAAAUGUUUACCAGACUUAGUCUGGAAGAUUUAAUUAAUUACCAAUAUAAAAUUUAGGUAACUAAUUGUUUUGGAUUAGCUGUGUAAAACUGAAUUUUAUGUUGGUUUUCUGAGCUUAUUUUACUCUGCUCUAGACAAUGGUUUUCAACAAAUCCUUGGUAGAAAACUUGACUUGGAGAUCAGUUUUUUAUGUGUUAAAAUUGUGUUAAUUCAUUGUACUAGUAAAUGUAAUUGUCACAAAUCUGUUUUCUGGACAAAAUUGGCUGUUUGGAAAUGCAUGAAAAGUGAUCAUCCAGUAAGUUUUCAAGGCAAAGUGCAAUAUUUGUUGCUUUCCACUUUUUCUAGAGUAACAUGCAACUAGACUUAGUCUAUGGCUGUUGGGUUGCAGGAUCAUAACUCAUUUCAUUGUUCUUAAUUGAAUGACCUUUGCCUGUGAUGUAAGGUCAUGCAAAAUAUGAUGUAAUUUACUUCUUCAGGAAAUAAAUUACAGGAUAAAACACUGAAAAUACAGGGUAAGAAAAGCUGCUGCACUUUGUUGGAAUAUGUAGGAAACCAGGCUUCUGCAUAAUGCAAAAUUGAUGAUAUGUAAGUGAAACUCAUUUUGGUAAUGGGACAACUGAUGAGUUGUGAAUUGAAAUUUGGUGUGCGAUAAGUGGAGUUUUGGCUAGACAUUAUUUUUAAAGUCUAGUAGGUAUGCGUCAGACAUUUGGCUCUUGUUUUUUGAGUGAUGGAAUGUGCAAAACUCAGUCACAAAAAUAACAAAAGAUUGAUCAAGGUGAUGAACGUGUUUUGUGUGGUAAGGAAAGAAAGGUAUUUGUUUUGAAGUUCAUUAUGAAGCUAUAAUAAGUAUGAUGGAAAAGAAAUGGAGGUAGUUAUUAUUAUAUAAAAUUAUUGAAAGAAAAGUGUCUGCAGUAAAAAUUCAGAAGUUUGAAAGAGUCAUAAUUGACUUUGAUAUUUUAUUGAGAUUACUUGUGUUUUAGUUUUAAAGAUACUUUUCAUUAUGUUCAUCUAGUCUUGACAUUUUCUAGUCAUCAGUUGGUGACGGGUAAUAUGUGAUAAGGUACGUUACUAAAUUUAUUUGUUGUGUAAAAAUAAUCGCCAGAGGAUAUAAAUUGCAAGCAGUCUGUUCUAUGAUAAGAUAGCCAAUAUACUAAAUGUUUUUAUGUAAAUACUGUACUGUAUACUGCAAAAGACAGUAAGAUAUAUCGUUAUAUGGUUCUGUAUGCAUUGUACUGCACGGUGUUUUGUAGAAAAUGCCGUAAUUAUUUCCAAGUCUUGGAAAGGAAGUAUUGUUGGUGCUUUUAAAGCAGUGCGUCGGAUAAUAGGUUCAUGAGGUGAUAUUUCACGGUUAUUUGACCAUUUUGUGUGCAGCUUCUUGGAAGUUUUCCCUCCUUAUUGUAACAUUGUACAUAGAAGUGGUUUUGAUAGGUACGUUAGGCUACAUCAUUUUGUACGUUUUUACUUUUGCACUUGAUUCCUCUUAAAAUAGCCACUUGUAAAUUCUUCGACUUAGAUUGUAAUGACUUUAAUUGAGCUUUAAAAAUGCACUGUACAUAUGAGAGUAAAUUUAUGUGUGUUGGAAACUAAUUUUAAUACCAUGUUAGGCUGAAUAUUGACUGCAACGAAUGCUGUACUAAAUAUUUAUGGUGUUUCUGAUUCGUGUGUUAAACUGACAUAACCUGUGAUAGUAGUAAAUUGGUAGGUCACGUUGUAUGAAUAUUAGCAAUGUCUAGCAAAUGUAUAAAGUAACUUGUUACAGAAUCUAUUGAUGAUGAGUGAAAUUACAAGUGAUAAGUGUCUUUUUUCAGGCAUUCUUGUGUUAUUAUGCUCAUCAUGAAUUUAACACAUUUGACUGCUAAUUUGGCAAGGGUUCCAUAAAGUCGCUCUAUCAAGUAUGAUAGCAAGUGACUUGAAUUUUGGUGAACUUAUUUGCACUGAUUUGUAGUUGUAGCUGACCACGUGAAUUCUUGUCCGUAUCUAAAGCAAUCUGAGGUUUUCUUUGUACUAACUAAUAGUGCAUUUGCUUUUGUUAAUGAGCCAUGUUUCAUAUGCAGUGCCAACACAUCUUUUGUGCUCUGCACCAAAAGACUGUGGUAACUCAGUUAUAAUGGGUGAUAAAACUGUGGUGCUAAAUAGACUUCCAUUAUUUAUAUUUAAAAGUGUUUU